AUGACUAACUCCCUAUUAAAUUACUUUAAUUUAAAUGCUAUACUAAAUAUUUAUAAAAUAGUACUCAAUCCAAAACUAUGUUUGCCAACAAUAACAAUAAAUAAUUUUGGAGAAUUACCUAUUGCACACUUGAAAAACAAUCUAGGCAUCAAGGCUCUGGUUUUAGAUAAAGAUAACUGUUUUGCUAAACCAUAUGAAAAUAAAAUAUGGCCUGAAUAUCGUGAUUUAUGGUGGGGGAAAUUAUUAAAGGAAUUCCCACCUGAAACAUCACUUUUGAUAGUAAGCAAUAGUGCUGGAACAGAUGGUGAUCAUGGUUAUAAGCAAUGUGAUUUGUUGAUGAAAGAAACAGGCUCUGUUCCCGUUCUAAAACAUUCUGUUAAGAAACCGGGAUGCCAACAAGAUAUUUUAAAUUAUUUUAUAAAUGAAAAAAAAAUUUGUCAGAAUCCAAGUGAAAUCGCCAUUGUCGGUGAUAGAUUAUUUACUGACAUAUUCAUGGCAAAUAUGAUGAAAAGUAAAAGCGUUUGGAUUAGAGAUGGAGUGAUAAAAUCACGAUCCCCAAUAAUCAAAUUUGAAAAGCUUUUAUACACUUGGCUGAAACCAUAA